AGUGAGCAGAAUUUGACCAGAAGUCAUGGCUCUCCUCCGGAUCGCUGCCCUUUUUCUAUUGGCUGGGCUGAGCAGAGGGGAGGAUUUCCCCUUCAGGGACCCAACCUUGCCUUGGGAGAAGCGGCUGGAUGACCUGGUGAACCGGCUGACGCUGGAAGAGAUGGUCUUACAGAUGUCCCGAGGAGGUGCCAAGAACAAUGGCCCAGCACCCCCCAUUGAGCGGCUGGGCAUCGGGCCCUACAACUGGAACACUGAGUGCCUGCAUGGGGAUGGGCUGGCCUUUGGCUGGGCGACAGCCUUCCCCCAGGCCUUAGGCUUGGCCGCGUCUUUCAGCCCUGAACUCAUCCAUCGUGUGGCCAAUGCCACUGCCACAGAAGUUCGAGCCAAACACAACCAUUUUGUCUCCCUCGGUUACUAUGGGGACCAUACAGGCCUCAGCUGCUUCAGCCCUGUGUUAAACAUCAUGAGGCACCCGCUGUGGGGCAGGAACCAGGAAACCUACGGGGAGGAUCCGUUCCUAACAUCCCAGCUUGGCGUGGCUUUUGUGACUGGGUUACAGGGCGAUCAUCCUCGUUAUGUCAAGGCCAGCGCUGGCUGCAAACACUUUGAUGUCCAUGGGGGCCCUGAGAACAUCCCUGUGUCCCGGCUUUCCUUUGAUGCCAAGGUGGCAGAACACGACUGGCGCAUGACCUUUCUGCCCCAGUUUGAGGCCUGCGUACGUGCUGGAACAUUUAGCUUCAUGUGCAGCUACAACAGGAUUAAUGGAAUCCCGUCUUGCGCCAACAAGAAGCUUUUGACGGACAUCCUGCGCAAAGAAUGGGGCUUCCGUGGCUAUGUGGUGAGCGACGAGGGAGCUGUGGAGCUGAUCAUGGUGGGACAUCUCUACACCCACAGCUUCCUGGAGACUGCUAUAGUUUCUGUGAAUGCUGGAUGUAACCUGGAACUAUCCUACGGGAUUCGGAAGAAUGUGUUCGCUCACAUACCUGAGGCCAUUGCCAAGGGGAACAUAACCUUGGAGACAGUCAAAGACAGCGUCCGCCCACUCUUUCUCACCCGGAUGCGUCUGGGCGAGUUUGACCCGCCGGCUAUGAACCCUUACAACGCCCUGAGUCUUAAAGACGUUCAGACUGAGGCCCACCGCCAGGUGGCCCUUGAUGCUGCCAUCCAGUCCUUCGUCCUGCUAAAAAACAACCACGGGACUCUGCCCCUUAACGCCAAGGAAGUCUUUGGAAAGAAGGUUGCGGUGGUCGGGCCUUUUGCAGACAACGAUAUGAUACUCUUCGGGGACUAUUCUCCAGCCCCGGAACCCCAGUACAUUUAUACCCCAAGGAGAGGUCUAGCAACAAUCUCAGCUCACGUCAACUUUGCCGCUGGAUGUGUCUACCCUGAAUGCGACCACUACUCCCUCGCCGAGGUGAAAUCUGCAGUUGAGGGAGCGGACAUUGUGGUAGUGUGCUUAGGCACAGGCACUGGCCUGGAGAUGGAAGCCAAUGACCGGAAGGACUUGGCCCUGCCUGGGCACCAGCUUCAGCUUCUGCAAGACGCCGUGGCCUUGGCCGCUGGACAUCCUGUGAUUCUGCUCCUAUUCAAUGGGUGCCCACUUGAUAUCAGCUGGGCCAAGUCCCAUGAUGGUGUGGGGGCCAUCUUGGCCUGUUCCUUUCCUGGCCAGGCCACUGGCUUGGCUAUUGCCAAGGUGCUGGUGGGAGCAGAGGGUGCCAACCCGGCUGGCAGACUCCCUGCCACGUGGCCAGCAAGUCUACAUCAGGUGCCCCCAAUUGAAAACUACACAAUGGCUGGCCGGACAUAUCGCUACUACGGGAAUGAGGCUCCGCUGUACCCCUUCGGCUACGGGUUGUCAUUUACCAACUUCCGCUACAGCAAUCUGGUCACAGAUGCCGAUGUUGUGCCUGUUUGCGGCAACCUCAGCGUCUCCGUGGUAGUGGAAAAUGUCGGCACCAGAGAUGGCGACGAGGUGGUGCAGCUCUACCUUUGCUGGGGGAAGGCGUCCGUACCGGUGCCUCGCUGGCAGCUGGUUGGUUUUCACCGGGUGGCAGUGCCAGUGGGACGUGCGGUGAAGGUGCCCUUCCAUUUAUCUUACCAGCAGAGAGCAGUGUGGUCCGGCCAGUGGCUGGUGGAGCCUGGCACCUUCACCCUGUUUGCCGGGGGGCAGCAACCCUUCCAGGAAACCUCUGCCUCUUCUAACGUCCUGCAAGCUAGUUUUAUCGUAUCCGGGAGCGCUCGGGGAACCAGCCAGUGCUAGUAACUGGGACUGAGGA